AUGUUCGGACCUCAAACUCCUGGUACUUUGGUCGUCUUAGCUGCUGCUGUCUUACUCGUUCUAGUCUCAAUCUCAACUCCAAUCCUUAAAGACUUUUACUUCCUUUCAGCUGAUGUUGAAGCUACAGUCUCAUCUGUUACUCUUAAAGGUAACAUUAAACUUGGUGUCUUUGGUUAUUGUAUCGUUUUAGGAUCUCAAGAUGCUUGUUCACCUGUUACCCUUGGAUAUGCACUUGAUCCCAAUUCACUUUUAUCUUUACCACAAGACACAAAUCUAGGCAUUUCAAGUACUGUACUGAAGAACUUGACCUACGUUCUCAUUCUUCAUCCUAUCGCUGCCGGGUUGGCUGUCUUAGCUGUCAUCUUUGGCUUACUUUCACACAUACGCGAGUUCUCGAGGACAUGUUGGACUUCUUUCUUCGCCUCGCUCGCUACCACUGUAGCUCUGAUCGCUUUCGUUUUCGAUAUCGUUGCAUUCUCUAUCGCCAAAUCAAAGAUUGUAGAAGCUGCCACCAAUGCGGUCGGUACAAAUGCUCAACUCGGUCUGAACGUUUGGCUUACACUCGCAGCUUGGGUAGCAUUGGCUUCCAGUAGUUGUUUCUUCUGCGUUGGACGAUGUCUGAUUAGAAAGAGACGACGUCAUCAACGUGAGGCCGAUCAACUUCGACCGAUCGCGGAUCAAGCUUUCGCGGAUCAAAUGAGAUACGAUGCUACCGAAGCUGAAAAGGCACGCGAACAAAAGAUUCGACUCAACCCACCUACUGCUGGUCUUCCUGCGUUUGCCGAGUAUGGAAAUGAGCAUGUUAGACACGAAGAGAUACCUUUGAACCGAUUCAAUGUAGACGACGAAACUUAUUCAGAUCAUCAUGCUUUACUUGCUCCUAGAGCAUCUGUCGGUCCAUAUGCAUCUCCUACCUCUCUUACAGGAGUUGGCGUUGGUUAUGGUCGGCGACCUUCAGAAUCUCGUUAUGCUCCACCUGGUUCGUAUCCAGAACCUCGUUACGGUGAACCUGGUUCACAUGCCUCACUUUACUCUCAAGCUAGUUAUUCCCAGCCUCAGCAAUCUCAUCCACCUCGCCAAAAUCUUCAAACACCUUACGGACAACAGCUUCAUAUUCCCUCGCCAUACUACACCCCACCUCACGAGAUGGAUGCGCGAAUGGCUGCUGUUCAUAGACAAAACUCAGAGCAAUCAGGUUAUUACGAAAAUCCAUCCAGGCACCCAUCAUACUCCCACUCUCGCUCACCAAGCCGGACAGUCGUACCUCACGCUAUGCCAGAUCAUAUGAUGUGGAAUGGCAUGCAACCUGAGGCUGACAACCGAUCUUAUCAACCCACACCAAACGAUCAUUAUACUACUCAUGCGCCUACGAUUGAGUACAUGCCUCCCCAGGCUGACAACCAAUCACGAGGGCUACCUUUACCUGGAGAAGGACACCGUUGGGCAAGCUAUGAUGAACCAAGUCAUGGGAAUUUCAUCAAUCAGCAACCCCGUCAUGAUGAUCAAGAUUACGGUCAACCAGAGCAGGGAGAUGGACACUUUACACAUUCUGGGCCAUAUGUUGAAGAACCUGAUCGAAUAGCAGAUGACUUUAACUCUAACCGAGUAGAAGCCCCACAACCACCACAACCAACAGCCUAUUCUAAUCAUCCACCAACUUCAGUUGCAAGAGGUCAGAUGAGGUACGAAGAAGCAGAAGCAGAUGACGCAUAUGGAGGGGUCUCUACUGGUACUUCACCUCGAAGGCCGUUACCUUCAGUACCCACUCAAGCCCCUUUACCACCACCCGGUGUACAUCAAACCACAACAGAUUACAAUGGCCCAGACACAUCUCUUACACCUCCACCUGGUUAUAGAUAA